CUUGUUCGUGUAACAGCAGCUGAUCCUGUGGCUUCUGCUUCAGACAACAUAUGAGGAAUGCACCCAUAGCACACACUGAAACACACAGAAACACACACUGAAACACACACUCUAGUGCACACUAGUGUGUACACACUAGCUACCCUCCUCUCCCUCUCACUCCCUCACUCGCUUCAACUCUCUGGCUCUCUCCUUCUCUCUCUCUCUCACUCCCUCACUCGCUUCAACUGUCUGGCUCUCUCCUUCUCUCUCUCUCUCACUCCCUCACUCGCUUCAACUCUCUGGCUCUCUCAUUCUGUCUCUCUCUCACUCCCUCACUCGCUUCAACUCUCUAGCUCUCUCCUUCACUCUCUCACUCACACUCUCGCUGAGCUCGAACUGCUUGGAUACAGUGCAGAGGACUUGGGGAGAGUGCUCUUUUCUUCUUCUGCGUUUCCUUCCCUCCUCUCUCCCUCGUGAGCUGUUGAUUUAGAUCAAUUCAUUGGGAUGAGGAUGCGUUUGUGUUAAGCUGCAACAAAGGAAGAGUGCACAAGAAGCAACAGGGGAGUAAUUGACUGCACGGAGAAACAGGAGACCUCCCCUCCUUUACAGGCUCAACAAGGGUGUCCGGUUGGACAACAGCAGCCAUGUGAUCGGGGGUGGCAGAGAGCAAAGAAUGUCCAGGAGGUUCAGCUAAAGCAGCCCUGCAGUGAGAAUCUCCCCCUCUGGCGCCUGUUUUCAUGAGGACCCGAAGAUGACUGUCACCAGCCGGCAGUCCUUGAAUGUCCUGACAGUCAUCUUUCUCCUGCUGUCCACUGCAGCUCUAUCAGCUCAUUUCAGAGUGUGUGAACCAUACUCCGACCACAAGGGGCGCUAUCACUUUGGUUUCCACUGCCCUCGCCUUUCUGACAACAAGACCUACAUGUUCUGCUGUCACCACAACAACACAGCCUUCAAGUACUGCUGCAACGAGACUGAGUUCCAGACGGUCAUGCAGGUCAACCUGACUACCGCCACAGACGGCUUCAAACACAAUAACUAUACAGCCCUGGUAGGAGUGUGGAUCUAUGGCUUCUUCGUCAUGGUGCUGCUAGCCUUGGACUUCCUCUACUACUCGGCCAUGAACUAUGAGCUGUGCAGAGUAUACCUGGAGAAGUGGGGUCUGGGUGGGCGCUGGCUGAAGAAAGCCAGGAGCCAGUGGCACCAGCCAGUCCCAGGAGAGGAGACUGAGACCCAAGCACAGACCCAGGGUCACCCCAUGGCCCUCAGCCACCAGCACCCCAGACACAGCCUCAGAGGAGAGGACCAGAGCCCCACGAACCCUAGCACGCCCCCACCGUCUGACUGAAGCUGCGAGAGGAUGAAUGGAUAGAGCAGCGAUGCUGAGCAGAGCACGCCGCAGAAGAUAGCACGGCUCCGACACCUGUCUCUGUCUGGCUGGAUUAUUUACACAGUAACAUACCACAGGGUGGCUGUCCCUGCCGGAGCUAGCAGUUAGCUAGCAGGAGCUGCUCACCUCCAUUCCUCUAAACACCUCCACCACUGAACCAGCAGAACCAGGCCAAAGGUCAACACUAGACUACUAUGAAAGGUCCUGGCGAAUGGAGCUGCUGCUACCCAAACACUGUUAAGGAACAGGUCACAGGCACUGAAAGUGAUCAUGAAGAACCCCUGCAUGGGCUGGGGCUGUUCUAAGAGGACGCCAAUGGAAACUGAAACCGCAACUGAACAACUGAACAAGGGGGGCUUUGUUUAAUGUGUGUGUUUGAGUGUUGACUGUACUUUGUUGCUGUGUGGGGUUAAAUUCAGUAGUAGUCAGAAGAGGUAGUGGGUGUAUCUCUUGGUGAUUUAUUUAAUGUAGACUAGUCAGGGACUUUUUACGAGUGGUAGACAUUCUACACAAUUCACCAUGAUGCUUAGCAUCUCUUUGGAGCUAAAAUUAGGACAUAGACUGGCUCAAUCGCUGAGGAUAGAUUUAAUGGGACGGUGAAGUCUAUGGAACAGACAUACACUGCUCAAAAAAAUAAAGGGAACACUUAAACAACACAAUGUAACUCCAAGUCAAUCACACUUCUGUGAAAUCAGACUGUCCACUUAGGAAGCAACACUGAUUGACAAUAAAUUUCACAUGCUGUUGUGCAAAUGGAAUAGACAAAAGGUGGAAAUUAUAGGCAAUUAACAAGACACCCCCAAAAAAGGAGUGAUUCUGCAGGUGGUGAUCACAGACCACUUCUCAGUUCCUAUGCUUCCUGCCUGAUGUUUUGGUCACUUUUGAAUGCUGGCGGUGCUCUCACUCUAGUGGUAGCAUGAGACGGAGUCUACAACCCACACAAGUGGCUCAGGUAGAGCAGUUCAUCCAGGAUGGCACAUCAAUGCGAGCUGUGGCAAAAAGGUUUGCUGUGUCUGUCAGCGUAGUGUCCAGAGCAUGGAGGCGCUACCAGGAGACAGGCCAGUACAUCAGGAGACGUGGAGGAGGCCGUAGGAGGGCAACAACCCAGCAGCAGGAC